AUGAAAGCCUCAUUUCACUUGAAGCAACGGGAUCCGAUAUUGGGGUAUUUUAUAAGGGCAGCGAAGUCUUAUCGUCUAGCGGAGUUCAAUCGUCACUUCUCGAUGAUAAACAAUGAGCGAGGGCGAAAUUAUCUACUACGUGCAGGCGUUCAGAAGUGGUCACGGGCCCACUGUGAUGGACGACGCUAUAAUGUGAUGACAACGAAUAUUGUGGAGUCCAUUAAUUCAGUUCUUCGUUUUGCAAGGAUGCUUCCGGUCCUACACUUGAUCGAUGAAAUCACAAAUUUACUUCUCACUUGGUUUAGUGAACGUCGAGAUUUAGCAAUGAAAUGUCAUUCUACAUUGUGCCCUGAUUUGGGUGAACAGAAGUUAAGGAAGAGGUUAGACGCUGCGUCAAGGAUGAAUGUGGUCAAAAUCAAUGAUGUUGAGUAUAAUGUUCUGGAUGGUGAUUUGAACGGUCUGGUGCACUUGGCAAACCGUAGUUGUACGUGCAGGAAGUUUGACUUGGAGCAACUCCCGCGCAAGCAUGCUAUUGCGGUAUGUCGGCACUUGAAUUUGAACCCCUACUCCUUUGCCUCUUCUUAUUAUACACGAGCUACAUGGGCAGCUGCAUAUGCUGAAUCUAUUUAUCCUGUACAACCUAAAGGCACAUGGGUUAUUCCCGAACAUUUGAACAAUGUCAAAAUCCUUCCUCCUGUUUGUAAGGUUAUGCCGGGCCGGCGCAAAAUGCAAAGAGUACCUUCCAAAGGAGAGGACUCCCGGCAAAAAAAAUGCUCAAGGUGUGGUGUGAAGGGCCACUACCGAAAUACAUGCAAACAAUCUGUCCCUCUCAAGAACUGA